GGGCGGGACUUCCUUUCUGCAGCGGAUGCGACAUCCGGUCGAGCAGAGGGUUCGGUCGACGUAUCGCUCGCCGGUGUCCGUGUGUCCUGCGCGGCUCUGGGGGCACCGGAGAAACCGGGAGCCGACGACGCCGCCCGGAGCGGAGCCCCGCAGAUGAACCUCGUCCCCGGCUGCGCCGCCCCGAGAGCGCCCGCCCCGCCAACAUGUCCGAAGUCAACAAGUCCGUCCAGAAGUGGCACGCCAGUUUCAGGAAAGCCGCAGACUUUGACUCGUGGGGACAAUUGGUGGAGGCUGUGGACGAGUACCGGAUUUUAGCGAGACAACUGCAAAAAGAGGUGCAGUCAACAAAUGCGUCCGACUUCACAGAGGAGCAAAAGAAAACAUUAGGGAAGAUUGCAACUUGCCUGGAGAUGAGAAGUUCCAGUUUGCAGAGCUCACAGUCAAAGGAGGACUUCAAGCUAGAAGAGCUGAAGAAACUGGAAACCAUAAUUCAAAAUAUUCUGACCUACAACAAAGCCUUUCCCUUCGACGUGCAGCCCGUGCCCUCGAGGAAAAUCCUGGCUCCGGGUGAAGAGGAGAACCUGGAGCUGGAGGAGGAGGAAGGAGCGGAGGAGGAGGACACGGCUGCAGCAGGAGCCGGUUCUACAGAAGCUUUCCCCCCGAGAGCCCCCGCGUCGCGAGGUACCCUGUUGCCACGGUUACCCUCCGAGCCCGGGAUGACACUGCUCACUCUGAAGAUCGAGAAGAUCGGGUUGAAGGACGCCGGGCAGUGCAUCGACCCGUACAUGACCAUCAGCGUCAAAGAUUUGAACGGCGUAGACGUGAACCCUGUGCAGGACACACCCGUGGCCUGCAGGAAGGAAGACACCUACAUCCACUUUAGUGUGGACGUGGAGAUCCAGAGACAUGUGGAGAAAAUACCGAAAGGAGCAGCCAUCUUCUUUGAAUUCAAGCACUACAAACCGAAGAAGAGGUUCACCAGCACCAAAUGUUUCGCCUUCAUGGAAAUGGACGAGAUCAAACCCGGCCCCAUCGUCAUCGAGCUGUACAAGAAGCCCACGGACUUCAAGAGGAAGAAACUGCAGCUUCUCUCAAGGAAACAGCUCUACCUCCAUCUGCACCAGACGCUGCACAAGGACAGCUAGGCCGGACUUUGACCCCGCCCCUUUUCAAUCUGUCCGUCAGCGGCCCCCGCGCCCAGUGUGACUCCAGCGGUGCCAAAACAAGGUGGCAGUCAUUUGUUUUUUCUCCGAGUCUAUGAAGAAAGUAGAGGGGGUCAAAGGUCAACUUUUUUUUUUUUCUUUGUAUAUCAUGAAAAUCCUCCAAAAGAACUCAGACGGGCAGCAGCCUUGGGCCCGGCUGCCCUGCUGACUAUGGGAAUUGGACUUCUAUUACAGAAGAGAAUAUUACUAGUACUAGAAUAAUAAUAGUUUAUUACAGAACCAGCAUGUUUAAAUACAAUUAUUGUCUUUCAGAACUUUACUUUUCUAAUGGGCUCUUCUUGUUUUAUGCUUCCCACUAAAGGCGCUGAUCCACUAAA